AUGCCGUUUGGGAUGACUAAUGCUCCUGCAGUUUUUAUGGAUCUGAUGAACAGAGUGUUCAAGCCCCACCUCGAUGAUUUUGUGAUCGUGUUCAUCGACGAUAUUUUGGUUUAUUCAAAAGAUAAGAGAGAGCAUGUUGGGCACCUUCGGACGGUACUUCAAAUCUUGCGGGAAAAACAGUUGUACGCCAAGUUCUCUAAGUGCGAGUUUUGGAAAGACAGUGUGGCGUUUCUAAGCCACGUGAUUGAUAGUAGGGGGAUUUCUGUGGAUCCGGACAAGAUACGGGCAGUGAAAGAUUGGACUAUACCUUCAUCGGUGUCAGAAGUAAGGAGUUUUCUUGGUUUAGCAGGCUAUUACCGAAGGUGGUUAGAACUCAUCAAGGACUAUGAGUUAGAUAUUCAGUAUCAUGAAGGAAAAGCUAAUGUGGUGGCGGACGCCUUAAGUCGGAAAUCGAAGCAUACCGCUAGUUCUAUUUGGGUGGUGGCGGAUGAGCUUUGUAAGGAGCUUCAACAGAUGAGCUUAGAAGUGGUGGAACAAGGAAAUGUGGAGGCAGAAGUUCGUUGCUAUAACUUGAGGAUUGUACCUACGUUUCUGGGAGAAAUCAAGGAAGAGCAGCAAAGGGAUAUGUUUUUGACCAAGGUAAGGGAUGACCUAGCUAGAGGAAAAGGGGGACCGUUUGAGUUGUCUGCGGAUGGGGUGUUGAGGUACAAAAACCGUGUGUGCAUACCCGCGUCAUAUGAUCAGUGGAAGCGACGGAUUUUGGAAGAGGGUCAUAACACACCCUAUUCGGUUCACCCCGGGGGAGACAAGUUAUACAAAGAUGUGAAAGGCUUCUUCUGGUGGCCUAAUAUGAAGAAGGAAGUUGCAGAGUUUGUAGGGAAGUGCCUUAAUUGCCAAAAGGUUAAAGCGGAACGUUGUAAGUAUCAUGGAGUUCCGAGGGAUAUUGUCUCCGAUAGGGAUCCAAGGUUCUUGUCUCAAUUUUGGGAAUCCUUGCAAGCAGCCCUUGGGACUAAGCUAAGUCUCAGUACGGCUUUCCACCCAGCCACCGAUGGACAAACAGAAAGGACGGUACAGACUAUCGAGGAUUUGUUGAGAGCUUGUAUGUUAGAUUUUCAAGGGUCUUGGGAGGACCAUAUGGAUUUGAUCGAGUUUUCUUACAACAACAGUUAUCAUUCGAGUAUUCGCAUGGCACCUUAUGAAGCUCUCUAUGGACAGAAGUGUCGUAGCCCGCUUUGUUGGGAGGAUCUUGUCAAUCCGAUAGUGUUGGGGCCACAAUACUUGUUGGACACAUCCGAGAAAGUUAAACAGAUACAGGAAAGGAUGAAAGCGGCUCAGAAUCGUCAAAAAUCUUAUGCUGAUUUGGCUAGAAGACAGGUGGAGUUUUCGGUUGGGGAUAAGGUUUGGUUGAAGGUAUCUCCCACCCGAGGAGUAAUGCGGUUUGGGAAGAAAGGGAAGUUGAGCCCUAUAUUUGUAGGCCCGUAUGAAAUCUUGGAAAGGAUUGGGAGUUUGGCUUACUGUUUGGCGUUGCCUUUGGAGUUGGAAAGAGUGCAUAAUGUGUUUCACGUAUCGCAGCUCAAGAGAUAUGUUCACGAUCCGGCUCAUGUUUUACCACCGGAAGUGUUACCGAUAGAGGAAGAUUUGUCUUAUGAAGAAAGGCCGCUCAGAAUUUUGGACUUCAAGACUUGGGACACUCGUAGGAAAUCUGUUAAGAUGGUAAAGGUUUGGUGGUCUCAUCAUGGGGUUGAAGAAGCUACUUGGGAGCUAGAGGCAUCGAUGCGGGAGCGGUACCCUGAGUUGUUUGUGGAAGCUAUUGAGCGAACCAUGAACUGGUAUUGGUGGGGAUCUGGAGCCGACCGAGGUAUUCACUGGCAAGCGUGGGAUAAGUUAUGCAUCCCUAAGAAACAUAGGGGUUUGGGUUUCAAGGAUUUACGGGCAUUUAAUUUGGCAUUGUUGGGAAAUAACCUUAGUUUCUGUUGGCGUAGUAUUAUGGCAGCUAAAGGCAUGGUUUGUAGUGGUGUGAGACGCAGGAUUGGGGAUGGGGAAUUUACGCUAAUUUGGGAGCAUCCUUGGCUCCAAGAUGAUCAAGAUCCUAUGAUACAAACUGAGAUGCCUCCUCAACUCACUGGUGCUAGAGUAGUGGGUUUCAUUUACCAGGAUAUUGGUAUGUGGGAUCAUUCAAUUCUGUCAGAUAUUUCCGUACCUACUGAUGUAGCUCGUAUUUUAAAAAUACCAGUUUCCCCAGACUGCGAGGAUACUUGGUAUUGGCAUGGGGAUCCUAAAGGUUACUAUUCUAUUAAGAGUGUCUUCAGGCUAAUCAUUGGGAAUUAG